GUCCAGUCUGUUAUUUUUCAAACAGCAGAAAGGAAGAGAAACUACUCAGUGGAUUAAAGUACUUUCGAUUAUGAUUGGAUGGAUAUAAUAAAGGUUUUGAGCAGUUUAGAUGUGAGUAUGCAAGCUUAGAAAGAAGUUAAGUAAAAUUAUGUAUCUAAACUUUCUGAAGGCUCAACAAAGUCACUGACAGCUUAUUUCUUGAACUAGUUCAAUUACUUCCAGAAACAUUGCUCAGUAUACGAAACUCUGACUAAGCUAGUAAGUUUGUUAACAGCUUAGAGAAAUCUGAUUUCUGUUCAUAUUACCAACUUGUGCAAACUACGUGAUACUCAGACAUGGUUUACGUAUUUCACAUUCCAGAAAAAAAAUGUGCUGAAAAGGAAGUAUUGAUAAAAUCCCGUAAACGGUUAUAAGUUAGCAUGCCAAGCAUCUCAACAACAAAUGCAAUCGAAAAUUGGAUAUUAUUUCAAUGAUGGAAAACGAAAAAUUGAUUAUGUUUUGGUUUGGGAUGAACCAAUCAAUGAAGGUACAACUAGUAAAGUGAAAAAGAUCAACACCACUUAUCGAAAAACAUUUGAAGAUAACCUACAAAAAACUGGUGUUCAGAUUGAGAAAGAGGAUGUUAGAAGCUCAACUUUGGAAACACAUUAUUUAAAGUUACAUAUUCCUUGGGAUCUAAUGUGUCAUCAUGCUGAAUGUUUAAAUCUUCGGGCUCCUCUUGAAGUACUGCAUACCAAGGCCAAAAAUUGGUCGGACAUUAUACUGAAAACACUUAGAAUCCCGAAUAUGAUGGCACAGAAGGUUCCAAAUCCUCCACCAGAUUACUACACUUGUCCAUUUAAGAAAAGCAAAUUAGACCGAUUUUUUGGUCAUGAAAAUCAAGAAUCAUAUUUCAGUCCUACACAAAGACAUCAAGUAGCUUACGAUAUUCUAGCAACUCAAGCUUAUGGUAGUCGUGAAAGAGCACAAAUUGGAAUUGAUCGACUAUUACAAGAAGAGGUUUAUAGUGCUGCGUAUGCUAUUCAUGAGGGCCCAUAUGAGGUAGAUGAAGAAGAUUUAAAACAUCCUGAGAAAAUGAAUCCACGUCAAAUUUUAUAUUGGUAUUGGGCAAGAUGGGGUUGUUGGUAUCGAUAUCAACCGUUAGAUCAUAUUAGAAGUUAUUAUGGUGAAAAAUUGGUUUCUAUUUCGCCUGGCUUGGUCUCUAUACAGCUUGGUUACUUCCAGCUGCUUUAG